GUUAUUGUUCUCCUACCCAACAAUUAAUUCGUUAUUAUAAUCAGACAAAAAAAGAAAAAACGCCCAGUCGUUUGACAGUGUUGUUGACAUUAGUUGAAGAAUAUUUGACAUAACAUUGGCAAGUUAGAUAAUUGUCUUAACAAAUAGCCAGGGAACGUCAAAUUCUAGCAGUUCACUAGUGAAUAAUUUUUAUCAUCUUUUCAGAAUUAGAUCACUGAUCAGUUUUAAUGGCUACGAUAUUGAGGAGCCUUACUCUCACAGAGAGAAUUAUUUUGAAAAAUGCCCCAAAGACAGUCGUUGCUGCAGGACAGAAAAACCGAUGGCAACCACAACUUCAGGCUCAGAGGAAUUUAAAUGUACAUGAAUACAUAAGUUAUACAUUAUUAAAGGAUGCUGGAAUCGAUGUACCUAAGUUUGGAGUAGCAAAAACUAAGGAAGAAGCGAAAAAAAUUGCUAAAGACCUUAAUACUAAAGAUUUAGUUUUAAAAGCACAAGUGUUGGCUGGAGGAAGAGGAAAGGGUAGUUUUAAGAAUGGUCUCAAAGGUGGAGUGCGAAUGGUGUACUCGCCUGAAGAAGCAGAAGAAAUUGCUGGAAAAAUGCUUGGUCAGCAAUUGGUCACUAAACAGACUGGUGAAAAAGGAAGAAUUUGUAAUAUGGUCAUGGUAACCGAGCGUAAAUUCCCAAGAAAAGAAUUCUAUUUCGCAAUUAUGAUGGAAAGAUCCUUCAAUGGUCCAGUUAUAAUAGCUUCUUCUCAAGGAGGAGUCAAUAUUGAAGAUGUUGCUGCCGAAAGUCCAGAAGCAAUUAUUUACGAACCUAUUGAUAUCAUGAAAGGCUUAGAUAAGGCAACUGCAGAGAGAGUUGUGGAAAAAGUUGGCUUGACUAGUCAAAAGGAUAAGAUUAUCGAUAUGCUCAAUAAAAUGUACGAUUUAUUCCUCAAAAAAGAUGCUCUCUUGAUAGAAAUCAAUCCCUAUGCUGAAGAUGUAGGACCAACAUAUUUCUCUUUGGAUGCCAAGUUCAGAUUUGAUGAUAACUCCCAGUUUAGACAGAAAGAGCUUUUUGCGUUGAGAGAUUGGUCUCAAGAAGAUGAAAAGGAAGUAGCCGCGGCUAAAUUCGAUUUGAACUACAUUGCCCUGGAUGGAAGCAUAGGAUGCUUAGUAAAUGGUGCUGGUUUGGCCAUGGCCACCAUGGAUAUUAUCACCCUUCAUGGAGGCUCUCCAGCCAACUUCUUAGAUGUCGGCGGUGGAGCUACAGCACAAGCGGUCAAAGAGGCUUUUAAGAUCAUCACUUCAGAUCCCAAAGUAUUAGCAAUUAUGGUUAAUAUUUUCGGUGGCAUUAUGAGAUGUGACAUUAUCGCUGAAGGCAUCAUCGCAGCUGCAAAGGAUCUUAAUCUUAAAAUGCCAAUUAUUUGCAGGCUUCAAGGAACAAAGGUUGACGAUGCCAAAGUUCUCAUCGGUAAUUCAGGAUUGAAAAUUUUGCCUGUGGAUAAUUUAGAUGAGGCGGCACGUUUGGCAGUGAAAUUAUCAAGUAUUGUCAGCCUCGCCAAGGAUGCAAAAUUAGAUGUUAAUUUUGAGAUGCCUUUGUAAAUAUUCCCCAUCGAAAUGAUGAAUAUUGAUAUUCUAAAUUGUGGUAUUAAAUUCACUGUUCCCAUUUAUAUAUAUAUUUAUUGCUAUACCAUUACUGUCUUACAUUUAUUGUUGAAUGUAAAAUAAUUUAUUUGAUUAGUCUUAAGUAAAAAAAAAUGUUAUGCUUUCCAUUUUAUUUACAAUAAAGUGGAUUUGAAAUUUU